AUGACCAAGAACCAAGCAGAGCCACGAGCCCUCUAUCUUCACUCUGUUUUGACGCAUCGUUCAGGUUCUGCUUUAAUGCUUUCGCUCAUACACAAACACAAAUGGAGAUGGAGAAGAAGAGAUAUUAAGCAUCCUUUUCAUGAGCAUCCCUUGGUGUUUGUGGAAGAUCAAAGCACUGAAGGUGAGAAAGCUUACUGCUCAGCCUGUGGGGAUGUGAUUUCAGAUCCAUACUUUAGUUGUCCACCCUGCAAUUAUCACCUUCAUCUCAACUGUGCCCUCGCACCCGAGAGAAUUUCCAGUCACCCUCUCCAUCCCAAGCACUCUGAUUUUUUUCUUCGAGAAAGGCCAUAUCCUGGUGAUGAGGUAUAUGGUUGUGAAUUAUGCAAGGAGAAACGCAACAUGUUCUUUUAUGAAUGUCGUAAUUGUUACUUUUCCCUUGACAUCAAAUGCGCUGAUUUGUCUUCUUCAUUUAGUAAAGUCAACCAAGAGUCCAAACAUGACUUCCACCCACAUCCAUUGACCUUCAUUCCAAGUCCCAUGGAUGAAUUCAAAAGAUUCAACUGCUUUUGGUGUCAUCAACCAUUAAUAGAUGCUUUUUACUUUUGUUUUCAAUGCCCAUCGUUUGUUUUCCAUAAAAAAUGCUUUGAUGAGUUACCUGCUAAAAUUCAUCACCCUUCCCAUCUAAUACACUCUCUUUUUCUUGACUCUAAUGUGACUGAUUCCUUUUGCAAGCUAUGCCAAAAGCAACAUCCUGGAUAUUUUUAUUAUUGUUCUCUUUGUAAUUUUAAUAUCAAUAUUAUAUGUGUUUGGCCGAGAUCCAUUGUUGAAGUUAAAAGCCACCAUCAACACUCAUUCACAUUAUUUUGGAGAAGAAGUCAAUUCAUUUGUGAUGCAUGUAGUACUGAGGGGAACUAUAUGUCUUAUACAUGUUCUACAUGCAGCAUCACAGUCCACAAAGAUUGCAUUUCACUCCCACGUAUUAUCAAAUUUUCACGACAUGAUCAUUGUCUUUCUCACAAAUAUUUUCUUGAAACACAAGAUCUUACAAAGCAAGAUUGUAAGAUUUGCUUCAAUGAAGUGAAGCUUGACCGUGGGAGUUACUCUUGUGUGAAGUCUGGUUGCAAGUACAUUGUUCACGUUAAUUGUGCCUUGGAGGAUGACAGAUUUUACGAGGUGGUUGAGCGAGAAAGCCAAUGCGAGGAGCUCUAUGGAAGUUCAGCUGAGUCUACGCAGUCUUCCAUCACUCGCGUUGUUGAGGUGAGCGAAGAUGGGGAAGCCACAAAGAUUGAACAUUUCAGCCAUGAAGGUCAUUGCAUGGUGUUAGCAGACAAGAUGGAGGAGGAAACUGAUAGAAGAUGUGAUGGGUGCAUGCUACCUGUCUCAACUCUGUUUUAUUAUUGUUCUGAAUCAGAAUGCCAUUUCUAUCUCCACAAAAACUGUGCCGAGCUGCCAAGAGUAAAGCGUCAUUGGUUUCGUCGAUCUCCUGCCACUCUCGACUCCACAAGCUUCGGGCGGUGUGACUUGUGCAAACGACCUUGUAGCGGUUUCUUCUACGUUAUCAGAGGAUUCUACAUUUGUUUAAGGUGUGCUGAAGUACCUGACGUGAUUGAAUUUCAAGGACACGAGCACUUGUUGUUUUAUGAUAUCAAAUGCAGGGAGCGAUGCAAUGGUUGUGGCGCUGACCCAGGUGAAGAAGGUGCAUUCAGAUGUGGAAAGUGCAGUUUUGCUUUGGAUUUCAAAUGCUUAUCAUUACCACAAUCAGCUGUUCACAAAAUUGAUCAACACCAGCUGAACCUCACCUAUCACGAUGAUAAUGAUUAUUCAAAGCAUCUUCAUUGUGAUAUAUGUGAAGUAAAAAGAGACCCGAGCCUCUGGUAUUAUUGUUGUUCCAUCUGUGAUACUUCUGCUCAUCCCGAUUGUAUUCUUGGAGAAUUUCCAUUUCUCAAGGAUGGGAUCACAUUGCCUUAUUCUUUUCACGGACAUCAUCAUGAUGUUCAGUUUCAUAGGACGGCUGAGGACUACCCUAACUGCUCCUCAUGCGGUCAGCGUUGCCGAAGAGAAAUUCUCAAGUGUACUGAGUCUACGUGCAACUAUAUUGCUCACUUCGAAUUUCGUUGGCCUAUACUCAUCUAA